AAAAGAACAAGAAAAAAAAAAACGAUCCGCUGAUUGCACCGAGAAACACUAAACACACACACACACACACACACACGGAGUUUAAUCUGUUCCAAACUACAGAGGAUCUGAAAGACUCUCAGGCGUUUUCCGGAUGAAACCACGGGGGCUACGAGGAUAAAACAGCGCUCGCGACACUAAACGAGCUGCAGAUGGAGGAGGUCGGGGUCAGUGCGCCGCAGCGCUGCCCGGAACCCCCCAGCCCACGUUCUGCCGGACCUCCGAGCGCCGCAUGCGCAAGUCCGGCUCGGGGAACAUCUUUCAGGGCGUGAACCUGCGGCAGCUCAGGCGGCUCUUCCGCUCGGCCGGGGAGCCAGACGCUGAGCAGAAAGCCAGGCAGGUGUGGAGGAACCGGAGACGGGCCGAAGGAGACGAGGAGGGUGGAGACGAGGUCUCUGAGGAGGAAGAGGAGGACGAAGGGUUGGCACAGGCUUUGGUGGGGCUCCGGUUGAGGGCGAGAAACCGCAGCGGGAUCCGAGCCGAGACGAGCAGAGGGGCCCGGGUGUUCGGCCACAGCAGAACGAGCGAGCGGACGACGCCCGAGGUCACACCCGAAGACGACGUCGCUGCUCGGGGAGCCUGCGGCGAGAAGGCCAAGUCACGAGACCAGAGGGACGAGGACGACGUCCAAGGGACGUGUAGCCGAGACGAUAAAGAUCCGGAACGCUACCUGCACCGAAUACGACACUGACUACUACAUGAACAAUGCAACUUAGCUGGGACACUAAACACGAUCCACUGAUAAGGGAGCUGAAGCAUGAACACCAUGAUGGAGGGACACUACAGAGCUGCUCACGUGUGUUUACUACAAACCAAACACUAAUGACCUGACGUUCACUAAACACAAUCCUGCAUUAACUCCGUGCCACCAGUACCAGACCCUGGGAAAGCUGCUUCCGGGUCACAAGAACGUUCUGGGGAAACAGCUAUAGAUAAAACACUAUUAUUUAUUGUA